AUGAUGCAUGCUCACUACUUUAUUUGGAUUUGGAUUCACUUUUCCUUUGGAGCCUCUGAAUUUUAUCACCCAUGUCAAAAAAUCUGCCUCUGCAAAGAAGGGGCCAAGUUUGUAAACUGCUCUGGAGCCAAUGUGACUGCUGCCCUCACCUUUCCUCCUGAGACAGAGCACUUGGAUUUGUCCAGCAGUAAUUUGUAUUCUGUCCCAAGCAAAGCUCUGGACUCACUGUGGAAGUUACAAGUUCUUCUUCUCAGCGGGAACUACAUUAGCAGGAUUGAAGCAAGAGCAUUUAGUUCCCUAGAGAGACUCCAGAAGCUUGACAUUCAAAGAAAUGAGAUUACAGUGCUUGGAAGCAGCUUUUCAACAGGGCUCAACUCCCUCAGAGAUCUCAUUUUGUCCUACAACAGGCUCCAGAAACUUUACUACAGAAACUUUCAGAACUUUGAGAACCUCCAGAAACUCAACUUCCAGAACAACAACAUCUCCUCCAUAGAAACAGGGGCUUUUCGGAGUCUGACCCGCUUGAGGCAGCUUCAUCUUCAAAAUAAUCACCUCCUCAGCCUCCAUAAUGGGGUCUUCUCCAUGCUACAGCAUUUAGAGGUUUUGAACUUGGAGGGCAACAGGAUAAAGACCAUUGCUCCUGGGAUCUUUACUUCCUUGAACAGCCUCACACUACUUAACUUGGUACGUAAUGAAAUAGAGCAUAUCCGGUUCAAAACCUUCCUAACUAUCCAAACUCCUGGGACUCAUAUCUUGCUCUCCUUCAAUCCAUGGUUUUGUGACUGUGACUUGCAGAGGGUCUUUGCAAAGUUGCACAGUGUCAGGAGGCUGAUCUUGGAUGACUAUGACAACAUGACAUGCAUGGAACCACACGUCCUAAGAAACCUGCCCCUGUCCUCUGUGGACACUCAGCUCUGCAUUGCAGAGACUGUGACGGUUCUUGUCAUUACUUUCACAGUAUUCAUUACUGUGGUGGCUGCCAUUGUGAUGGCUGAACGGAACAGGAAGAAAAGGACAGGAAAGCACUGGAGUGAGGAGAGCGAAAUGUCUUAUGAAUCACAAGACUGA